AUGCCUCGCUUCGAUGGUCGUUAUGGUACCACUCGUCUGUAUGUUGGCCGUCUCUCCUCACGGACGCGAGCACGUGAUCUGGAACACUUCUUCAGCCGAUACGGGAGAAUACGUGAUGUGGAUAUGAAGCAUGACUUCGCCUUUGUUGAACUUAGCUAUCCCCGAGAUGCUGAUGGUGCAAGGUAUAGCUUGGAUGGUAGGGACUUUGAUGGAAGUUGUAUCAUUGUUGAGUUUGCAAGGGGGGGUCCACGAGGUUCCCGAGAAUAUCUAGGAAGAGGCCCUCCACCUGGAUCUGGUCGCUGCUUUAAUUGUGGUAUUGAUGGCCAUUGGGCCCGAGAUUGUAGGGCUAACAAAUGUUAUCGUUGUGGAGAAAGAGGUCACAUAGAGCGCAACUGCAAGAACAGGGCCAAAAAGCUAAACAGACCUGGGCGUAGUUAUUCUCGAUCACCAGUUAGAUCACGCUCUCCUCAUCAUGGCAGAAGCGAGAGUCGAAGUUUCAGCCGUGGGCGGAGCUACAGUUGAUCAAGAUCUCCAGCAAGGAGAGAGCGAAGUAUUGAGCGUGAUGAUAGAGUAGAGAGUCCUGAGCCCAAGAACAUCGCACCUCUCUCCAAGGGGAGGAAACGCAGUCCCACACCUGAUGAAGAUAGCAGUCGGCAGGAGAGAGGUAGCCCUUUUCCACAAAAUGGGAAACUGGCUGCUCAGCAAAAUGAGGCCAAUUACAGUGGUAGUCUCCGAGGAGUGAGCACGAACCCUGCUACUGAUAGAGAUGAGAGGCCUGCCAGAAGACGGUACAAAAAUUUUGACACCAGUGGUCACAGCCAAAGUCCCAGUCCAAGGGACAACAGGAGUCCUGUUGAUAAUGAUUAUGAUGACCCUCUCUCAUCUAGAGGCAGCGAGUUCCCUUAAACAAGUCCCUUGCCGACGAUAUCAUCUGUAAUACCCCAUCUACAAUUUUCUUUUUCUAGGUUGUCAUGUUACUUAAAACCGUAGGAUGUUAGAAUUACUACUUAGGAUAUGAGAUUGGUUGAAUAUAAUUUUCUGGAACUUCAUUGAUGA